GGUUAUAUAGUUUGAGAGAGAGAAUCUCGUGGCCGGAGCUCUUGCAAUAGUCAUGAACCGAAGAGUCGUAUUGGGUUUCUAUUGUUGGGGUUGAGAGUUCUUAAACGCCCUUCAUUCUCAACCCUUCCUUCCCAUCAUUUUUACUUCUAGAUCAAUUUAAUAAGCUUCCAUUAAUGAAAUCACAACAAUACCAUUAGAUUUGUAAAACAAAAAUACGUAUUAGCUAGUAAUCAGCUAGCAAGCUAAGAUCUGCAGAAAAUAUGGUGAUUGGGCUGGCGGCGGCUUCAGAAUGCAGUAGCGAUGAUGCGAAUGGGAAGGGUUUGUUAGAAUACGUGAAGAAAUGGUCACCGUCACCUUUCUUGUUGAAGACCUACAUGCUUGUGGAGGAUCCGGUCACUGACGACGUCAUUUCUUGGAACGCCGACGGGACAUCCUUUGUGGUGUGGCAGCCGGCGGAGUUCGCCAGGGACUUGCUCCCAACCGUCUUUAAGCACAGCAACUUUUCCAGCUUUGUCCGCCAGCUCAAUACCUACGGUUUUCGCAAGGUGGCCUCUGCCCGGUGGGAAUUUUGCAACAGCAAGUUCCGGAAAGGAGAGAGGGAUUUACUAUGCGACAUUCGUCGGAGAAAAGCGGCGAACAAUAAGGUGCCAGCAAAUAUAAAAAGCAACAACUUUAUUGAUCAUCGGCCAAAGUACGAUGAAGAGCAAAUGUCAUUGUCGUCCACCUCAUCAACGAGGGUGUCGUUUCCCUCAGAAUACGACAUCCUGGUUGAGGAGAACAAGAGGCUCAAGGGUGAAAAUGGAAUCCUAAGCUCAGAGUUGUCGACGAUGAAGAGGAAGUGUCAAGAUCUACUUGACUUGGUGUCCACGUCUGCCGCUACUGCCAACUCAAAUGACGAGGAACAAGAAGAAGAAGAAGAGAGGCUAUUCACGUUAUUCGGCGUGAGAUUUAAGCUUACCGAGAGGAAGAGGAAGAGAAAUCAUGAGUUCGAUGGAACUGAUAAGCUCUUUCUUCCGCAAACUCCAAGUUAUGCUAAUAACGUCAUUAUAUAUCCUGAUGUGAGUGGGCAUACGUGCACUUGCAUGCUUAAAUCUAGACCUAUUUAAUAAGAAAAAAUUCCACUUUUGGUCCCACGACUAUUAUACCACUUCCACAUUUAGUCUCUUACUUUCAGAUUGUUCACAUUUUGUCCGUGACCAUUAUCCUCUCAUUACCCCUCGUUCUUCCAGCCAAAAUUUCGGCAAAUUUAACCCACUUAUCAGCCUCAGAAUCAGUCUUCGCAUUAAAUUUGAUUUUUCAUACCUAAAAUCUGCAUUAAACUUGUCGGAAUUUUGGCCGGAAGGAUGAGGGGUGCUGAGGGAAUAAUGGUCAAGGACUAAAUGUGGACAAUCUGAAAUUAAGAGACUAAAUGUGGAAAUGGUAUAAUAGUUAUGAGACCAAAAGUGGAUUUUUUUCGUUUAAUAAUUCCAUUCAUGCAUAUAUGCAAUUCAUGUCUAUAAUGCAUACACGUAGUAUCUCUCAUGACUUAGCUUGUGAGAGAGAGACUAUUCUAAAUGUUCUAUUUAUUUAAUCAUUUUAAUUGCCCUUCAUUUUAGUGAGUUAUAUGAUGUCAUUAUGCAUGUAAUAUUGUAAUCUGAAUAAAUUUUCGAAUAAAAGAGAUGGUCAUAUGAAGAUGAUCACA